UCACUUGGGAAAGCCUUUUCCAGCAGCCCGAAGGGGGCGGGGUCUUGCGGGAAUGGAUACUUGACGGGCUUCCCUCCUUCGAAGCCCUAGUGGGAAGGUAGCGGCGCGUGAAGAGAGGCUGCAAAACUUGGGGCGCGUUGAGGCUGCACGUGUCUCCACCGCCGGCGGGGGGGGAACAAAGAGGAGAGACUUGACGGGUCAGUCUCGGGGAAGUAAGUGCAGGGACAGCUGACAGCAUUGCCUUUAGAGGAUCACCAGGGAUGGGAAGAUGCCCCUGGAGGUGAAAUGGCCGUUUCCUCAGGUCCCAAAUCUGCCAUGGAAUUUGGCCAGCAGGGUGAUCAUGGGAUUGGUGGGUACCUAUAGCUGCUUCUGGACCAGAUAUAUAAACAAGCUGAAUAUCCAUAAUGAAGAAGUUCUUUACGAGCUAAUUGAGAAGCGCCAACCAGGAACCCCCCUCUUGACUAUCUGCAACCAUCAGUCCUGCAUGGAUGACCCACAUCUUUGGGGUAUCCUGAGAUUACGACAUGUCUGGAACUUACAGAAGAUGCGGUGGACUCCAACAGCUGCAGAUAUCUGCUUCACCAAGGAGCUGCAUUCCCAUUUCUUUAGCCUUGGGCGAUGUGUUCCUGUCUGUCGGGGAGACGGAGUCUACCAAAAAGGCAUGGACUAUAUACUAGAGAAGCUCAACUGUGGUGACUGGGUGCACAUGUUUCCAGAAGGUAAAGUAAACAUGACCCAGGAGUUCAUGCGCUUCAAAUGGGGUAUUGGCCGUCUUCUGGCUGAAUGCCGUCUGCACCCCAUUAUACUGCCACUCUGGCAUGUAGGAAUGAACGAUGUACUUCCCAAUACACCUCCUUAUGUACCCCGAGCUGGACAGAAAAUUACUGUGUUAAUUGGGAAGCCAUUCAGCGUCCGUCCAUUGCUAGAACGGCUGCGGGCAGAAAACAAGUCGGCGAUGGAGAUGCGCAAAGCCCUGACUGAUUUCGUUCAGGAAGAGGUCCAGACUCUAAAGGAUCAGGCCGAGAGGCUGCAUCAGACUUUCAAGCUACAGGCCUAAUGUCGACUAGACCAAGCAGCAGCUCUGUUACCGAAACAUGGACUAUCCACUCGUAGUCUACGGCAAGACAUGCUGUCUAUGCACAGACUACUUUUAACCCGUCGCUUUUAAGUUAAAUUUUUAUCCUUUCUCCACCUACCAUCCACGCCCUGCUGCAGAUGGAAUGGCAUUGCAUGCAGAAGAUUGGAUGAAAGCUCCGAUAACCCUUUGUCGACCUUCACGCUCUCCUCACUGUACUGGCUUUGGUGUCUGCCACCCGAAGGGAGGGACUUGUAAUGACUACUGUAUGUAGUUCCCUCUUGCUGGAACCUAGAGGUGUUGGGACAACGGCUGGUCGUGCAAGAACAGGAAGAGGAGGGGAUGCAGGGAGCGGGAGGGGGGGGAACCCAUCUCCAUCCUGUUCUUGCAAAUAUCUCCGCUCAUUGGAGGAAUAGAUAAUGCAUUUUGUACAUUUCCUCUUUUUGUAGACUAUUGGUUUGCAAAUGGUUUUAUACUUGAAAACUCUCCCCCCCCACCCCACUCCCCCAAUAAAUGAUUCAGACCUGUUGCA